AUGGAAGGUGGACCAAUAACAGCACCUUCACACUUGAGAAUAAACAUCUAUAGCAUAGAGCAUAGACAAAUACAACGAGUCGCUGUGACCGCGGAUCACGUCGAUGAGCCAGUCAUCCUUGACCCAGACGUUCAGGAUGACCCGAUGGAGGCACCAGCUGCUGUGGAGGACAUUCCUGCGGACGCAGGCGCAGAGGCGACUGAGGAUCAGCCUCAGGGAUUUCCGGGUGGUCCGAGCGACCCAUCUGUGCUGACAGCGUAUGCGGAUCACGUUUCUUGCAGCGUAUGGACGGGAGAGGAGCGUCCUGAAUUGAAGUUAUCCUCUCAUGGGAGGAAGGUCCACAGUUUAGGCAGGCCUGUCCCUGCCAUUGAGGGACUUAUUGCGGGUACAGGACUAAGUCCUCUGAUCGCGUGUUCGGUAGACACCGGCGAUCGGGGGCUUUUGUCCGCGUUUGUCGAGCGGUUGCACCGGGAGACGUCUAGUUUCCAUCUCCCGGUGGGAGAGCUCACCAUCACGCUGGACGACGUCUCUUUGCUUCUUCAUCUUCCCGUGAUUGGCGACUUACACGCUUUUGAGCCCUUGCACGUGGACGAUGCGGUUCAGAUGCUGGUGGACUUGCUGAUGCGUCGAUGCCAGGCAGGUCAUUGGACAGCUGCGGCUCGUGCAUAUCUUCUUCACCUGCUGGGUUGCACUCUGUUUGCUAACAAGAGUGCAACCAAUGUCCAUGUUUUCUACUUGGAGGCCCUUCGGGACCUCAGUAUGACAGAUAGGUACGCUUGGGGAGUGGCUGCUUUGGUUCAUAUGUACGACCAGCUGAACGAUGCAUCCAUGAGCCACAGUCGACAGCUUGUCGGUUACAUCACACUGCUGCAGUGCUGGAUUUACGAGCACUUUUGCUCAGUUACGGAGUCCACCAUUGAUCAGGACUACGACAAGGCUUCUCUGCGUGCGUGCAGGUGGAUUGCGACGAAGAAGACCGUGAAGAGCAUUCGCACGCCGUCGUAUAGGGAGCGCCUGGACUGA